AUGCCACCUUGGCCCCGCUCCACGGACGCAUCGGCAAACCGCACCUCUCGCGUGUCCGACUCUCGAGCCAGUUCGGGAGCCUCCGUCGCCGGAGAAGGCUCAAAGACUGCCUCCUCUCAGGGUCGUCAGGCGGCGUCGCAAUGUCUCGCUUCGCUGCACCGGGCAGAGGGUACUGGGGAACGCAAGGAACUUUGGCGGGCACUAGUGCGGGGGCAGCUCGCAGCAGUACGUAUAGGGCUAGGGGCGGGUCCGGGGGGGUUGCUGGUUGCGUUCCACGGCCCCCUGAAUCCUGCCCAUGAGGGACCGGACGUGCACCUUUGCGGCCCCCAGCAGACCCCUCAUGAGCGGCCCCAAGUGGCGGAAGCGCGGAGCAUUUUUUUCCCAAGCAAAGGGAGUAAUCUCACCCCGGCUCACCAUUACGCUGACUUCAGGUUCAAGACCUAUGCACCUGUGGCUUUUCGGUACUUCCGAGAACUCUUUGGGAUUCGUCCAGAUGAUUAUUUGUAUUCGUUAUGUAACGAGCCUCUGAUAGAGCUGUCAAACCCUGGUGCCAGCGGCUCCCUCUUCUAUGUCACCAGCAAUGAUGAAUUCAUCAUAAAAACUGUGAUGCACAAGGAAGCUGAGUUCUUGCAGAAGCUUCUUCCUGGCUACUACAUGAAUCUGAACCAGAACCCACGAACGCUGCUGCCGAAGUUUUAUGGACUGUACUGUGUGCAAUCAGGGGGCAAAAACAUCCGCGUGGUCGUGAUGAACAACAUUCUGCCUCGCGUGGUGAAAAUGCACCUGAAAUUUGACCUGAAAGGCUCGACCUAUAAACGCUGGGCAUCCAAGAAGGAAAAAGAAAAGUCCAGCCCUACGUACAAGGAUCUCGACUUCAUACAAGACAUGCCCGAGGGCCUGAUGUUGGAUGCAGGCACCUUCAGUGCAUCGGUGAAAACGCUGCAACGAGACUGUCUGGUGUUGGAAAGUUUUAAAAUCAUGGACUACAGCCUCCUGCUUGGGGUCCAUAACAUAGACCAGCAAGAACGGGAGCGGCAGUCUGAGGGAGCCCACAGCACGUCAGAUGAGAAGCGUCCCGUGGGGCAGAAGGCACUUUACUCCACGGCCAUGGAGUCCAUCCAGGGAGGAGCUGCCCGGGGGGAGUCCAUAGACACAGACGACACGAUGGGAGGAAUCCCAGCAGUGAACGGCAAAGGAGAGCGUCUCCUGCUACACGUAGGAAUAAUAGAUAUCCUUCAGUCAUACAGGUUCAUCAAGAAGCUGGAACAUACCUGGAAGGCCCUUGUCCAUGAUGGGGUGAGUGCCUGUACAGAGGCAGGAAUUGUCCAGGCCCUGGCAGGAUUACCUGCCUUGGCUUCGUUGAUGCUAGUUGGUGCCAAUUACCUUGCUAUUUAUAGGGCCUGA